CUCAAGCGACGGCGUAAGCCAUUUGGUAUCAGGCUUGUCGUCGUUACGUUGUGAUUCGCUAUUGCGAUGGAGCCGAGUUCAGAUCUUCGCUAUCGAGGCACCGACGCCGACAGCAAUCCUGUUCGGCAGGACGAGUCUGCGAUUGCAAGCGUUCGCGAUGUACCCAACUUCUCACCCGUUGAAGUGGACAUCGGUGCGAUGUGGAGUGCGCUAAAGGACGUGAAUGUUUCGGAAUGGCACGUUGAUCAGAUUCGACGCCGAUUGGAAGAAUGUAAUGUCGUAGUGCCUAGAUUUCUACUUGACAAAAAUCACCCUCACCAUUUACCACCUCAUGCUGCCGUCAUCGAUUUGCUGCUGCACAACGCCCGUCUGGAUCAGUCGUCCGUCUGUGCACGUCGCCCCGGUCUCGGCCUGGAGCUAUGGCUGUGGACCCCUUUCGCAAUGGUCGGGUCUCUUGUGCAGCUGCUUUUGGAAGUCUUUGGCGGAGUCGGAGCCGUUUGGGGGUGUGCAGAGGUGCUCAACCUGCGAGAAGGCCUGCACCCAGCGUGGCAAGUUACAUCGCUCGUUGUUGGCAUCAUCUGCUUUGCGCGCUUCUGUGUACUGCACGCGUCACUGUCGACGGACCGCUCGUUCUUGCAGGAACAUCCGCGCUUCGUCCGCCUGCCGGGCCUCUCGAAGCUGCAGGCCGUGUGCCGCAGCCCGUUCCAGUUUUUGUUUCAUUACCACCAUUGAGCAAGUUCGGGUGUUGCCCGGUGUUGCUAGAGGUGUCCCUGGCCCAAGGUGCCCCCAGGAUUUCCAAGGAGACCC